GGUUAGGAGUAUAAAAUUCAAAGGCCACGACAGUGAGCUGGGACCCAUGAAUCUACCAUUGCAGGCAGCCAAGGAGAGAUUCCUUUGAUUCCAAAGACUUUUAUGCACCAUCUUGCGGCUUUGACUUUACCGUCACAAUAUACUAGGCUCUGAGUUUACAACUUGCCCAGUUUUUGCUCAGAGUUAUAAGAAAGUGUGAAGGUAGAAGAAACAGAUAAUCCAAUCCAUGGCUUCCAAGUGCCCACCUUUUGAGUUCUCUGCUCAGUAUUACUAUGCUUCUGGGAACACUUGUGUGAGGCAGAGCAGCUUUUUUGGGGACAAAGUAGCGCUCAAUCAGGGAGUUGGUUACUCUGUCAUUCUUGGAUUUGGAGCAUUCUUUGCUGUCUUCACCUCUUUUCUGGUGUGGCUGGAAAAGAGAUAUGUGGGUUCGCGCCACACUUCAGAAUGGUUCAACACAGCAGGGAGGAAUGUGAAAACAGGUCUUAUUGCCAGUGUGAUUGUUUCUCAGUGGACAUGGGCAGCUACGAUCUUACAGAGCUCAAAUGUUGCCUGGGAGUAUGGAAUCAGUGGUCCUUUCUGGUAUGCAAGCGGCGCCACCAUUCAGGUACUCCUCUUUGGUGUAAUGGCCAUAGAGAUCAAAAGGAAAGCUCCAAAUGCUCACACUGUUUGUGAAAUUGUGAAAGCAAGAUGGGGAACCUCGGCUCACCUCGUGUUCCUAUGUUUCUGCUUCUUGACAAACAUUAUUGUAACUGCCAUGCUUCUCCUCGGCGGUUCUGCUGUUGUCAAUGCGCUCACUGGAGUCAACAUCUACGCUGCAAGCUUUCUCAUACCUCUUGGAGUGGUUGUCUAUACUUUAGCCGGAGGGCUAAAGGCCACUUUCUUGGCCAGCUAUAUACAUUCUGUGAUAGUUCAUGUUGUUUUGGUCGUCUUUGUUUACCUCGUGUACGUGGGAAGCAGUGAGCUUGGUAGUCCAAGCGUGGUGUACAGACACCUACUAGAGGUUGCGAGCAAAUCAAGAAGCUGUCAAUACCCGCUCUCUCAUGUUGAUCAAUCUUGUGGUCCGGUUAGUGGGAACUUCAAGGGGUCAUAUGUGACCAUGCUGAGUUCUGGUGGUCUUGUGUUUGGUAUUAUCAACAUCAUUGGCAAUUUUGGAACAGUUUUUGUUGACAAUGGAUACUGGGUAAGUGCCAUUGCUGCAAGACCAUCCUCGACGCACAAGGGCUACUUAUUGGGUGGGUUGGUCUGGUUUGCUGUGCCAUUCUCCUUGGCAACAUCGCUCGGUUUAGGGGCACUAGCGCUCGAUCUACCAAUAACAGCAAGCGAAGCAAGUCAUGGACUCGUUCCACCUGCAACAGCUAUAGCGUUAAUGGGCAAAGGAGGAUCCAUUCUUCUCCUAACCAUGCUUUUUAUGGCUGUAACAUCUGCUGGUUCUUCGGAGCUUAUUGCAGUAUCCUCAUUAUGUACGUAUGACAUUUAUCGUACAUAUAUAAACCCAGAUGCAACUGGGAAGCAGAUCUUAAAAGUUUCGAGGGCUGUUGUCCUAGGAUUUGGAUGUUUUAUGGGUAUUCUAGCAGUGAUCUUGAACAAGGCUGGGGUUUCUCUGGGCUGGAUGUAUUUGGCAAUGGGGGUUUUCAUAGGAUCAGCAGUAAUACCUAUAGCUUUCAUGCUUUUAUGGCAAAAAGCAAAUGCUUUUGGGGCAAUUCUCGGAACAACAGUAGGGUGCUUCCUAGGAAUCAUUACUUGGUUGUCAGUCACAAAAGUCGAAUAUGGAAGGGUAAAUCUUGACACAACGGGGAGAAACGCCCCAAUGCUUGCAGGGAAUCUAGUUUCCAUACUUACCGGUGGAGCUGUUCAUGCUGUCUGUAGCUUCCUGAGGCCUCAAAACUACGACUGGGAAACCACGAAGCAGAUAACUGUCGUCGAAAAGGAAAGGACCGAAUUACCAUCUGCAGAGUUCAAGGAAGAGAAACUGGUCAGCGCUAAAAGAUGGAUAAUCAAAUGGGGCAUCGGUUUCACUCUCGUGAUUGUUGUGUUGUGGCCCGCCCUCACACUUCCUGCUGGGCAAUUCAGUAAAGGGUAUUUCACAUUCUGGGCAGUCAUAGUCAUUGCAUGGGGUACCAUUGCCUCAGCAGUGAUUAUUGCUCUGCCAUUGUUGGAGAGCUGGAAAACUAUACGGAGCGUUAUUCUUGGCAUGUUUACAAAUGAUAGGCUUAUGGAAAAAGUCGAAGACUUGAACUCAAAGCUGCAGGCAAUCAUUUCAGCAAUUCCAGAAGCAGAGAGAAUAUACUUACUUGAGAAAGAGAAGGAUAAGAGGAAAGAAGCAUCAGAGAGAGACCAAAUAUCUCCUGCAUAAUCACACUUUAUCUGGCUUGAAAUCGCAUACAUCUGCAGCAACAAAGGCAUUGGUUUUCACUGAAAAGCCAGAAGCCAUCUGGACAUUAGAAGUAACAAUGUUCUAUAUGAGCAGUGAGGCUGUUAAAGGAAUUCAUCAUACUUCUUUUCAGCUGCAACAAAGAAAGUAUGUAUUUAGCAACAUUAUUAAUAAACAAAGUAUGUGUUAAGAUUCAGUAA